AUAUUGCUUAUAAUAUGGGACGUUGACGAUGGAGAAGCUGAAAGCAUCCCGUUUGUCAUAGAGUUGAGUUGUUAGUUUGCCGUUAAUAUUUAUUUUCAAUGAAAUAUUUAAGAAGCAGGUAAAAUAAUUAUUGUUAAUAAAUAAAACGUCGUCGAUAUAUCUAAAGGUCGAGCUGAAGGCCACAGUAAGAGAUUUUUUUCUCUCAUGUAGAAACUUUUGAAUAAACUUUGCUUCAUAAGAAUAUAACAAGAGUACCGCAAAUGGUACAAUAUACGCCCGUCGGACAGUGAAAUUCAACCUGGAAGCAUAUUGUGCACUCUGAAUUAAUACAACACACAUUUUGAAUAGAAAAGCCUUAAAGUGGGUCAUGGUGCAACAAUCCAUCUGACAUGUGAACUGAUUAUGUAUAAAAUUUUCACCGAGAUUGAGGUUGCGACAAAAUGUUGGUGUAAUAUCUAUUUAUGAUAAAAAGUCCAGGAAACCAUUUGAUCUACUUUUAGCCCUAAAGUAGGUCAUGGUGCACCAAUUAAGUUGAAAUGUGAACUGGUUGUGUUUUUUCUCUGAAAGGGAGGUUGUGACUAAAUUUCAGAGUAAUACCUGUGACCAUACCCCAAAAAAUCUGGAAAACUGUUUGACCUACUUCCACCCCUAAAGCAAUGUAGGUCGUAGUGCGCCAAUCCAGCUGAAAUGUUAACUGCACUUGUCUUCCUCCGAGAGAAAGUCUUUGACUAAAUAUCAGGGCAAUAUCUGUAUCCGUAACGAAAAAAAAGCUCAGAAAACUGUCUGACCUAUUUUUAGUCCAAAUGUAGGUCAAGGAUAGACCAAUCCUGCUGAAAUGCAAACUGAACUUGUAUGCCUCUGAGAGGAAGCCUUUCAUUAAAUAUCAGGGCAAUAUCUGUAUCCGUAAUGAAAAAAAGCCCGGAAAACUGUUUGACCUAUUUUUUUUCAAAAAAGUAGGUAAAGGAUGGACUAAUCCAGCUGUAAUGCAAACUGAACUUGUAUUCCUCAGAGAAGAAACCUUUGACAAUAUAUCAGGGCAAUAUCUGUAUCCGUAAUGGAAAAAAGCCCGGAAAACUAUUUGAACUAUUAUUAGCCCAAAAGUAGGUCAAGGAUGGACCAAUCCAGCUGAAAUGCAAACUAAACUUGUAUUCCUCCGAGGGAGCCUAUGACUAAAUAGCAGGGCAAUAUCUGUAUCCAUAAUCAAAAACAGCCCGGAAAACUAUUUGACCUACUUUUAGUCCUAAUGUAGGUCACGGACAGAAGGACCAAUCCAGCUGAAAUGCAAACUGAACUCGUAUUCCUCUGAAAGGAAGCUUAUGUGUAAAUUUCAGGGCAAUAGCUGUAUCUGUAACAAACCAAAAAAAAAAGUCCGGAAAACUGUUUGACCUACUUAUAGCCCUAAAGUAGGUCAAGGAUGGACCGAUCCAGCUGAAAUGCAAACUCACUCUUACAAUUCUUGAGGGAGAUAUUGUGACCAAAUUUCAAAGUUGCACAUGCAUCUGUUACGGAAAAAAGUCCGAAAAACAUGACCCGGGACGGACGGACGACCAGCCAGCCAGCCAGCCAGCCAGCCAGACGCACGGACAGCGCCAUAACAUAAUGGCGGGCGUACAAAAACAGGUCAGCUGACAAAGGAGCAGAAUUCGUAUCCAUGGGAAUUCCAACAGAUUGUUGGAAGACCAGAUCACCAAAGACUAUGAAGAUAUUGUCAAUGAGGAACUACAGCAUAUUUUUUUUUAUUUCAACUUCAGAGCACUUGUGAUCAGAUGGUGUUUAACAAAGUAAUGUUUAAGAUGACUGAUCACUAGAUACGAAUAAUUCCUUUUCCAUUUUUCUUGAAGAAGCAACCGUGUAUGAUGUCAAAAUUUUUAAAGAAUUCCUUAGAUUCCACAUUUCAUUUACUUCUGACACAUGUUGUGGCACAUUACGAUUACGUUUGAAGCUGUUAAUAUUUUCCCGAGGAGCAAACAUUGGGGCUUGGUAGAACAAUUACUGGAUCCAGCAAUGCAUCUUUGUUUGUAAGGGUUUUUGUGAAGUUUAGGAAUCCAGUAUAGGUACGGUAUAGGUACGGUAAUUCAUAUUCAUCCAUCCCAUUGACUGGGAUACUAAAUGUGUUCAAAACUGAAGUACGAGUUUGAAGAAGAAUUUCAUCUUUUGAAAGGGCAGGUGGAAUAUAAGUACGAUUACCAAAUGUGCAAUUAAUGCCAAAUUCGUUCUAAAUACAGUUGUAAUAAUGAGCUUUAUAAACAAAGACAAUGUUGUUACAAGCUUUGUCAGAUGGAACAAAAACACAUUCCUCAUGUAACCUAUCUGAUUCUUUUAUCACUUCUAGUUUACUAAAUACAGAUGGAUAGAUGGUACGUACUUUUGUUAUGAUGUGUCUAAUAUAAUACAGGAUUUUAAUAUCCCUCUUAAGUUCUUUUUUUAUUUAACCCAUCGUCUGGCAUUUUAUCUUGGACAGAACUCAUGAUAAAUGAUGUUUUGGAGUUCCAGAAGGAAUCCCUGACCCAGGGUCCCUGAAUUUCACAAUGUUAGAAGACAUGCUUGCUGGUUAUGACUAGCUAGAUUGCAUCAUGGGUUGUUUUUUUUUAGUUUUGACUCCACCCCUCAGCCCCCAACCAUGAAAUUCACAUACCCAGGAAUGUUACAUACUAACUACUGCGACUUUAGACCUAAAUAUAACAAAUAUGUCUGCUAUAUUCGUCACGUUGUCUAUAUUAGUUUUAAUACACCUAAAUCUGCGGUAUACGUCAAACGUAGACGUAAACCAAACGCUGAAUUUGCAGUUCAAUAUUGGUACUUUUAAUUUUAAAGUAGGUAGACUUUUGAAGACACAUCAUAUAUCUUGAAUUUCCAGAAUGGUAAAUUUCAGGAUGCUACCUUGAUUUUUUUAUGAUUUCCAAAACAAACAAUUGAAUUCAAAGUUAAUUUAAUAUGCUUCUAGGCCAAAUUUUAAUGGUAAAUUGAAUUUUAAAGUUACCAUACAAAUUAAAGAUUUAAAUAUGAUAUGGUGAAUUUUGAGAAAAUAAAUUGAAUUUUCGAGACAUCUGAGAUUUUCGGCGUAUUAUCUUAAAUUUUCAUUUGAGAAAUUAUUAUGAAUUUACAAAUUUGAAAUUUAAUAAAAGCAGAUUUUUCUAAGACCGAAUGUGCUUUUAAAGCGUUUGUACGUAGUCUCAAAUAUAUCUCUUGUAAUAAUUUGAUGUUCAUAAUGUAGAUGGCACCACACAUGUUUCUAAAUAUAUUAGUGCAAGCUACCACUGGGCGAUUUUUUUUAGAGGGAGGAGGGUUUGGUUUUAAAAAAAACUAUUUUUGAAAUCGUCCCUUAAGGUGAAACAAGUGUUUCUUACGAGCGUUGAAACAAAUAAUUUGAUUGGUCAAUUUGUUUUGAGACAAACACUUCUAUUCAUCAAAAUAACUGUGUCACGGCAAAUUUCAAUCUCAUUUACAUACCUACUACCAUCUAAAAAUUACAAUUUUAUUAAUUAAAAACAAUUUUAAUGCAGGGUAAAUCGGACAGUCUGAUAUAUUGGCAUUUUCCAAAAUAUGUAUCGCCCAAUGUGAGCUUACCUUGCAUCUAGCGCAAAGGGAAGCGCUUGUUCCGCUAGAACAAAGAAAAUAUAUCUAAAUCCCACAGUUUUUGUAAAACUAUGCUACUAUUGCCCAAGUUAGAGCGAAUGUAGAUCAACAGAACCACAAAUGACACCAGAUGUUACUUAAAGCGAAAGAACACAGACACCAAUUUAUUUACUUCGGCCAUUGCGCGUGUCACGUGACCAAAUUUGUGAAAAUGGCGGCUACCCAAAAUUUUUCAACAUGGAUUCAAAUAUACCGUACACCAUGUCCAUUCAUAACACAGACAUGAAACCAGCGUAAGAAGUGUUUUGUGGGGUCUUUGAUAUCAAAGAACUGGAUCAAAAUGUCGGGCAGAGGAAGGCGAGCAAGGGGCCGGCCUCCAAAAACCCCGUUAUCGACAAACAGAACCAAUUUUUUAAGAAAACCGAAAGCCUAUCAGGUACGAAGCGAUGCAUCAAGUGAUCCAAACUCUAGAUCUAGCACACCAGUUAGUAUACCUGGAACACCGACUAGAGGUAGGGGAAGAUCAAGAGAAGCGGCGCAAAAAGGUAGACAUUUUCUCAACAACCUGUUCGACGAGGACGAAGCUUCCAGGUCCAGCAUUGAUCCGGAGGAGAGAAGCAGCGAUGUUACAGAGGAUAUUGAGCCUCUUGAGGAUGAUUCUGACAGUGUGUACGACGAGUCAGACUCCGAAUACAGUGAUGACAGCUACAGUACACACAGUUCCACAGGAAAGAGGAAAUUAUUCUUUUUUCGUAGACCAAGAACACCAGAGUUAUUAGAUGACAAAGAUAUACCUCAAUUAGAUUUACCAACUAGUUCAAAUGACUUGCUUAUACCCUCGGAAUCUUUAAUGACGUGCCUAGGUGUUUAUGAAGUCAUUCGACAUUUCAGAGUCAUAUUAAGACUAUCACCAUUCACUUUUGAAGAUUUUUGUGCAGCUCUUUUAAGUGACGAAGUAUCUAAUUUACUAACAGAAACUCAUAUAACAUUAUUGAGAUCUCUGUUACGGGAGGAAGAUGGCAAUAAUACCACAUUUGGACCUACUGAUCUCAAAGACAGCAUUAAUGUGUUUCUGUAUUUUAUUGACUCCAUGACAUGGGCAGAGUUGGUUCGAGGUUAUUUGGACAGUGAUCGCUUGCCAGAAAACGAAGACGCUCUGCAGGUUUUGGAGAAAAGUACAGAAUUUCCAUUUGUUUCAUUUCAAGAGAGAUUAAAAGUGUUGAAAGUGUUAACAGACUUAUUUCUCUCAACAAAUAGUGUGAGGGAAGAAAUUAUGAAUGAAGGCAAUAUCCAGUAUGAUGACCACUGUAGAGCUUGUCACAAGCUGGGUGAUUUGCUGUGUUGUGAAACAUGUUCUGCAGUUUAUCAUCUUGCCUGUGUAGAACCUCCAAUGGAAGAAGUCCCAGAAGAGGACUGGGUGUGUACAAUCUGCAAGGCACACAAGGUUAAAGGGGUAACAGAUUGUGCAUCAGAAGCAGAAAAAAGUGGAUUACUUUGUAGACAAGAACCGAUUGGCUUUGACCGACACCGAAGGAAAUACUGGUUCUUGUGCAGGAGAAUUGUGGUGGAGAGUGAAAAUGAAGUGUGGUACUACAGUACUCAGAUCCAGUUUGAAGAACUGCUUGAAGUGUUAGACAAGAAUAAUUAUGAGAAAGAUCUAGUCAUAACUCUACAAGAAUUCAAGGAGGACAUCCUGAAACACAUGUCUAUCACUGAGGAAUUAACCAACAGCCACAAAGGCAACAGAAAAUCUGCAAUAGAGAUUGAGACAGGUCAACUGCUGAAGGCCCGGGCAGACAGGGCUAUGAAGAAGGCAAAAGCAGAAGAGGAACGAAAAGCCAAAGAAGAAGAGGAGGCGCGACUGAAAGAGGAAGAAAGGAUCCGAAAGGAAACCAUCGACCUUGAGGUGCCAGAGAUGAAUGGAGACAUUAAUGAAAACUCUGAACAGUCUGCCACUGAUCCUUCUGUGGUGGAGGAACACGUUAUGUUGGAGGAGAAGGAGGUCAAAGCCGCCACAAGUGAAGUAACGUCAUCACAAACUGUGAUGACCGAGGCCGGGAUGACCGAGACUUCUGUCCAUCAGAUGGUAGAGACAGUGACCACAACAACAGUGAAAACCGUCACCAGCACAAAGAUUUCAAACUCGGAGGAAGACAUGGAAACCAACUCAGGUGAUCAAACAAUUGAACAGAAUGAUGAUGUUGUCUUAUUAGAAAAGAAUGGACAAGAUCCAAAUUCUGAACUCAAAUCUUUUGAGAUUAAGAAAGUGGACAAAACUUCUGAUGGUGUGAAAUCUACAAUCAUGAAUGUGCAGUCUGUGUGUCCGAAUGUCAAACCUACCAUACUUAAGGUGACCGAUGAGAAUCCUCAGAAAUCCCCACAGACAAGGACUGUGUUGAUCGUAAACCGUGAUGGAAAUCGUGUGACUUUGGCUGUUAGUAAACAACCCAUCACAACCACUCAGAGUUCGGAGGGCAUUGAUACCAUAGUUACCCAGAAUUCCACAGAAAACACAACUGUAGUGUCUUCCUCUGAUGCCAGGAGGAUAGUGACCCGAUCCAAAACGGGUUCCCUGACUCCCAAACAAUUCACAGAUUCUGUCACAUCGACCACAGCCUCCAUCAAAACCAGAUCUUCUGAUGAUGUUCUCGUUAUAAACAAAGAUGGGGACAUCACGCGAGUCACUCGCAGCAAAAGUGCCUUAAUGACGCAGCAGUCCGUGUACUUCAAACUUGGUAUGGAGAACAAUUUCAAGACAUAUCAGAAUCAGUACUCCAGCAACACUCUGGCCCUGAAUAAGCAUCAACAUAAUGAGGAGCGAGACAAACGGCGGUAUCUCUCCCAUAAGUUCAGUCUGACUCAGCUGAGUGAGUUCAAGUGGAACGGUGCGGUGGUGGGAAGGAAGAACCUGGUCAUCAACACCCUGAUAAUGACCAUCACCCAGCUAGAAAAUAACAUUCCCAGCGCGUUUCUCCACCCUCACUGGCCGCUGCACCGACAAAACUGGAGCAAUGCUGUACAGCUGUGUCGGUCUCCGGCGGACUUUGGAUUAGCUCUGUCGAUACUGGAGGCCUGUAUGAAACCUGUUCUGUUUAAUCCGGUGUGGACAGAAGCUUUAGGUCACUCCAAACUUAUGAAAAUAACCUCAUUAGAUAGAGAGGAAAUGAAGAAAAGAGAAAAAGAAAUAAAAAAGAGAAAGGAGGAGGAGGAAGAAAGCAGAGGCCCUUUGAUCUGGAUUAAGUACACCCUUGGUCUCAAACACCAGGUUUGGAAACAAAAGGGUGAGGAAUAUAGAGUGACUGGUGGUCAGGGCUGGCUGUGGGUGUCCAAAUCACGACAAAGUAACUUCACACCCCAGGACAGCGUAGGUCUGAGAAACGUGGCUCGUAAAUUACAGGCUCGCAAACGCAAGGCAGAGGAGAAACAGGAAGAGAACCAGGAUGAUAGCAAGGAAGAAAAGGCAGUAAAGAAAGUGAAGGAGGAGAAUAGGAUGGAGGUUACCGAGGAGAAGUCGGGAGCUGAAGACCCUCAGGAGGAGAAAAUGGAGGUCGAGCAGAAACCUGUAGAAAUCAAACAGGAGAAGGGCGGUGGAGAUACCGAAAUGGAAGUGGACAAGGUGGAAAUUAAGGGGGAAGGACAGGAGUGUGGAGAUGCUCCUCAAAUCAAAACAGAGAACCAAAGUGACAUGUCUCAGGGUACAGCAAAGACGGAGAAUGAGCAGGGGGUCACUAUUGAUGUCGAAACUUCAAGCCCAGUUAAAUCCACAAAGACAGGUGCUGUUGUGAAAACAAGCAGACUUACAAAUGACUCUUCUGCAGCAGGUGGUUUAAUAUUAAAAGCAGACGUUGAUCUGAUUGAUGUGUCAAGAGCACUGAGUCAACGAACCUACUAUCCAAAAGUCACCAAACCCUAUGCAAAACUAGAUUCCUUGUUUUCAAAACGUGUAAAGCAAGAGGAAAUCGAAAUUAAGCAGAGGCAAGCUCUGCAACAGCAGAUUAAUUGGAAAUUGAAAUCUCAAAUCAAAUUGGAACCAGAUGUGCCCUUUGUAAAAUUAGAGGUAGCUAAAACAGAGAAUAGUAAACCAUCUACUGAUACAGGCACUGCAGAGGAGACCCCUGAACUUCCCUCACACACCUGCUAUUCCUAUUUGUGUAGAAGUGGGGAGGGCUCCUGCUAUUCCAGUCUGUGCAUGCAAAAACAGUCCCAGGAUGAGGCCAUGUUGAAUCUGGCUGGGAACACACAGCAGGAAAACAUGUCCGACACUGAGAUGGAGGACGGAGAGGAGGAGGAGGAAGAUGUAGAUGUGGAGGGAGAUGGAAAACCCUCUCCUCAAAAAACCAGCCAGGUCAAAGAGGAGAAGGAAGAUGUCAAGCAGGAGGAGCAGAAAACUGGCACUGCAGACGCUGAGCACAAGGUGGUGCCCGGGGUUAAGUCACUUAUCCUAAAACCAGUAAGUAGUACAUCCAACACCACUGCCAAAGUGAUGUCUGGCAAUACAUGUAGUAGUGCCGUGGCACAAAUGUUGGCUCAGAAGACAGGAACUAAGGCAAAUCAGAUGACUCAAGCUCAGCUAGCACUUCGGCAGGCCAUUGACAAGAUGAGUGUGGAGGAACUCCGGAGUAAAAUGCCACCACUCAGGACAACCAAAGAACCAAUUAAACUGGUCAAGUUUGCUAAAAUGGGUCAAAGGUUACCAGCUAAAAAGAAAGCCACAUUGCCAUCGUGUCACAAAUUUUGGGCCCCAAGUGGAAGAAAAACAUUGUUUGCGCUUGAAAAGCAUGAACUGAAGAAACUGUCUCGUAAAGGAGGCAAAUGUGAAACAAAGGCCUUUAACUACAACUGUAAAAUGAACAAUGUGAACUGGAUUUAUCCUUGUCCAAGGCCAUUGUUUAAAACUACCUGGCGGUACAGGACACAGACCUGUAAAUCGUACGGAGCUGUGGCUGUGCAGUUGAGGAUUUUGUGGGCAUGUCUUCGCUGGGAUGAUCUUUCAGUGAAACCCCCAGCUGGUGGUACCAACACUAUCUCUACAGAGACGGAAAUCACUACCAAGGAACUGCUGAAAAGAAGGGACGUUGGUCCUCACAAUCUGCGAUCAGAAUUUUUGGUCAGGAAGAUUGUUGUGCCUCUUGGGGUGCCCACUCAACCAAAAGAGAAGUAUACCCCCCAGAGGAGUGGAUUAAGAGAGCGGAAGAGAGCAGAUUCUCCCAAACAGACAGAGCCCAGCGUCACAGAACAGUGGACACCCGAAGAGGAACUGGAACUCUGGGAAAUCAAACAGUUUGGAGAAAAGUUAGCAAGACAGAGAGCUGCUAUCCAGGAGAAGUCCAAUGGCCCGGAAACAACCCCAGUCCAGCAGGUGACAUCGGUCAAUGCAGUGCAGCUAAAGGCUCAACUAGAACAACAGCUGAAACAGCAGAGGUUGGCCCUACAACAGAAACGCCUCCUGGAGGCCCAGGGGAAGAUCAUCCCCGUCUCGACAUCGGCCCCCUCCAUUAUAUCGGCCACCCUUAACAGUGCAGCGGGAGGGACCGUCAUCAAAACACUGGGUAGCAGUCUGCUAUCAGGGUCCACCAGCAUUUUAAAAACCGUACAGCCAAAGACUUUAUCCACAGUGACAGGAGUAGUAACAACUAACGGAGAUGCUCCAAUAAGACCAGUGGUCAAGGUUCAGCUGCCCAUGAGGACCGGUUUACAGUCCACAUCGGGUGUAACACUGGCUCCAAAACCAGGAUCUAUUGUAGUAACUACAGCACAACCAUCAGCAGUAACCCGGCUGAUUGUUCCCAUCUCAAAACCACAACUCACACCCACAAAAGUGAAUAUUCUAGGAAAUCAGUCAUUGCAAACAACCCCCACCAGAGUCAUUGUUCCAUCAUCAGUACAAACCCCCUCCACAUCAGUUCCUAAAUUACAAAUUCGUCCAACAACUUCACCUGGAACUCAGAACCUUCAGAUAAUUCAAGGCCCCUCGGGUCAACUACAAGUCAGAGGUCUGCUGCAGGGCCAGCAGAUUAUUAGACUCCCCGAUGGCCGUCUUCAGCUUUUAACCUUGCCCCAGUCUGGCACCACCACACAAGUGGCCAGUCCCAGUGUUACCUCCUCUCCACAAACUAGUCUGGCCUCCACUCUAGUCCCUCCCCGGGGACAGCUGGCAAUCCGCCCUACCUCCUCCAUGUUAGUCAAUACCGGUACAGGGUUGUCAGCCCUGACUGGCUCCACCCCCACUCGCAUCAUCGUCCCCUCCCAGGCACUCUCCUCAGGAGGCACUCUGCAGAUUGGGAACUCUACCAUCCAGACCAAACAACUUCUGGCUCAGAGUCUGGCCACCCUCGGAAAUGUUGGAUCUGUUGAUGGAACUGCUACAGUUGUUCGGCCAGCCACCACCACUGUGCAAGCUACAGAGACACCAAAACUGGUAGCCAGCUUGUCUAACACUUCUGCUGCAUUGCCUGGGUCCAAUGUGGCAGCCACACUUCUCUCACCCCUCAAAGUGGCCACUGUUACUCGACCCAUUUUGGUAUCAUCUGUGCCUACACUUCCAAAGCAGACGACGUCCUCCAUUAGUAUAUCUCCACCCUCCACUGUGUUGUUACCUGUCAAAGUAUCCACUGCUGUAGCCAUGACAACCACUGCACCUCGUCUGGUGUCAACUCUUGUCCAGACACAGCAGCAGGUGGUGCUUCAGAAGAGUCCUCCCCAGUCCAUCGUAUCUACUCCACGUACCACAGUGGCUCCCUCUGCUCCUGCGCUAUCCACUAAGUAUGCCGUCACACCACAGGUUGUGCAACAAGUUGUUCGCCAAGCCUUGAUGCAGAAUCAGACCCCAGAAAUUCAGGCCAAGUUGUUGGCAAUGCAGCGUAUGAUGCAGAAUCCCUCAGCAAGCCCCAUACCUACUCCACAGCCCGUGGUGGAGAGGCCCCAGCCUGUGGUGACUGCAGCUCCACCUGUACAACAGACUGACCCAGCUGGUAAACAGAUGACACAGGAACAGAGAGAAGAGAGAAUGAGGAGAGCGGUUUGCGGGGCUGUGCUGAAAUCCAUAGUGGAGAAGAUCGAGAAGAAAGAGAAAGAGGAAGUCCGUAAAGUGAAAAAAUUGGAGCUGGAAGAGGAGAAGCAGAAGCGAUUAAUGGUAGCCAAACUUCACGGCACUUUGUACAAACACAAGGAGGCUCUCAAGAGGGAAAUUCUUAAGAAACGUUCAUUAAUGGAGAAAAAUCUGCAGCAAGAGAUCCAGUUUGAGGUGGCCGAGCAAUUGAAAAAGCGUCAAGGUCAACCUUCCAAGAGGGUCGACUCUGGCUCCCGUCAAACAAACCAGGCAGUGCUGACCGUCCAGCAGCACAUUGCCAGUGGUAACAAGAAGCUAAUUAUCCCAGCCGAGCAGAUCGCCAAAUCUAAACGCAAAAAGCAGAAGAUCAUCUCCACUGGCUCCAACAAGUCACUGAACCCCAAGUCCAGACUAUACUGUGUAUGCAAACAGCCUUAUGAUGAUAGCAAGUUUUAUAUUGGGUGUGAUUUAUGUUCCAACUGGUUCCAUGGCAGCUGCGUGAAUAUAUCCGAGGACAUGGCAAAGAGAAUAGACUCUUAUGUGUGUGAGGAGUGUAAGAAGCAGCGAGACACAGCCACGGAGGAGUUAUACUGUUUGUGUCGGACACCGUACGAUGAUACUCAGUUUUACAUUGGCUGUGACCGCUGUCAGGAUUGGUUCCAUGGUCGGUGUGUGGGUGUGUCCCAGGUGGAAGCAAACCACAUGGACAUCUACAUUUGUCCGAACUGUGAGAAAAAAGAAGAGGUCGAUCCAAUCAGCCAGAAAAUUCUGCAGGAAAAGGACUAUGAAAACGUCCACAGACUUGUGAAAUCCAUGCAGUCACAUAAGAUGGCAUGGCCGUUUUUGGAGCCGGUUGACCCCAGUGAAGUUCCUGAUUAUUAUGCAGUCAUUAAAGAUCCUAUGGAUCUUCAGACUGUAGAGAAGAAUCUGAUGGAGAGGAAAUACCUGCGUCUGUGUGACUUUGUGAAGGAUGUGACAAAAGUGUUUGACAAUUGUCGCCUCUAUAACCCUGCUGAUACACCAUUUUAUCAGUGCGCAGAGGUUCUGGAGACCUUCUUCGUCCAGAGACUCAAAACUUUGAAAGAGAGAAUUUAAAACCAUUCACAUCAUUCACUCCAUUUGUCAUAUUUUCCAUGUACAUAAGGACUGUGGUGUACAGUGCUAUCAGAAAGCAGCUCAUGAUCUAAUUUAUUGUCAUAAUGUUGAAAUCUUCAAAAUCUAGUUUUACGACUAUUGAGUAGAACAAAUAAUUUUUUAUGUGUAUCAUUCUAUACAUUUUCUCUAGAUUAAAUUAUAGUACAAUUAUA